UUUUCAUUUGGUCUUCCUUAGUAUUUAACAACCAUCCAUCCAUCCAUCCAUCCUAAAUUAUGACCACUGUUCUCGAACGACCUGAAAAAAUCCAAACGCUAAUUGAUGGUGUUGAACGAUACAAUCCUGAAAAUGUCACUGUUCUUGAACAAUAUCUUGAAACACAAUGUCAAUCUGGUUCUUAUGAUUUGAUGGCCAAUCUUGCCAUUUUGAAAAUGUAUCAAUUCAAUCCUACUGAAGCUAAAGAACCUGUCAUUAUCAACAUUCUUGCCAAAGCAUUGACUGCUGUCCCAGCUCCUGAUUUUAAUUUGUGUUUGUAUUUGUUAAGCGAACGAUCGCCCGAAGUGGAACAAAUGACGACUUUACAACAAUUGUUAGAACAAUCGAAUUAUGUGAAAUUCUGGGAAACUUACAAAGACGAACCAUAUCAAAAAUUGACACAACAAGUAGUUGGAUUUGAAGAUGCUAUUCGCCAAUUAAUCGCACGUGUGGUGACCAUGUCUCAUCAAUCCAUUAAUGUGUCUCUUGUACAAUCUUAUCUUGCAUUGAAGGAUCAAGCCAAAUUCGCUGCUUUUUGUGAACAACAACAAUGGACACAACAAGGUGAUGUUGUUCUGAUUCCCUUGAACAAGGAUAAUGAAGCCAAGGCCAUCGUUGUACGAGAAAACAUCAAGUUUGAUCAAUUGACAAAGGUGAUUGGUUAUUCAAACGAAAUGUAGUUUUAGUUAUUAUUAACAUCAUCAUCUUUUACAAUUCUUCUCCCUUUCCUAUUGGUUAUUUUUCUCUCAUUUAUUAUAUAUAUAUAUUUGUAUAUCGAUCUUCUUUCCAUUUUUUUUUAAUUGAUUACAUCCUUAUUCCUUCACUUGUUUGAAUUCUCUCUUCCUUUCUCUUUUUAUCUAUUGUCUUGUAAAUCUCAUAUCCCCCCUAUCCUUUUUUUUUUUUUUUGAACAAAUGCAUAUAAUAAAAUCUCUUGUUUCUUUUUUUUUUUUAAGAUUAUUAUGUCAUGUCAAAAACUCAAUAUUUUUGAUUGUAGUCAAGUUUGCUAAAAAAGAA